AUGAAUAAGCCAAAUAUUUUCACCAAUUUUGAUCGGAGUACCUCUGCUAGUGGAUCAGAGAUCUCGCUUUUCAACACUCCUACUAUCUGUAACUUUGCCGAUAUGCCAAGGCAUCUACCUUGGCAUCUGCGCUCUGCGAAGAGACAUCAGCCAGUUGUUAUGGCUACUGGACGCCCUAUUGCCUACAUACAUCAAAAGCAGCAGGAGUUAGCCCAUUUACUGCGCGAGGUGGUACCGCAUGUGCCAGAGACUAGGGAACUUCAUAUCAAAGGUCUUUCUUACGAAAAACCGAAUCGGGAAUUUCCGCUAUGCACUGACGAUGGACUCACUGGGUAA